AUGGCAAAGAAGCAGAAAUUUGUGGUUCCAAGAGUGAAAUUGGGCACCCAAGGAUUAGAGGUGAAGUCUCAAAGUAUGGAGCUCAGUGGUCUGUACAACGACCCUGUCUUUGAGGAGUUUGGCAUUUCAAUAAUCAAGGAAGCAUUCAUUAGAGGAAUUACAUUUUUAGACACAGCUGAUAUGCAGUGGUAUGGGCUUUUGAUCAAAUGCUGUUUCAGAAUUUCGAGCUUGACCUCCCAUUCGUCAUCAUUGUCAGUGUUCACUUCAUUGAUGGGGGUUUUACCCUUCGUCUACGAACGAGUGGCUCUCCUUAUUGCGACUGGCAGAGAAGACAUCAAUGGAGCAAAAAUCGGCAUUGAUGACGUGGCUGCUAUUGGCGAUGGCAUCGCCGGCAUUUUUGUCGCACUUCCAACGGCUUGCAUUUUUAUCAGCGAAGUUGUUGCUGGGGUCGGCGAAGCUUGGCAGUAG